AUGAGUAAUGUGCGUAAUUUACCGCAAAGCAAAGAAGCUUUAUUAAAAUCUUACACAAUAAGGCUUAAGGACGAUGUUAAAUCCAUGCUGGAAAAUUUUGAAGGAAUCCUAAAGUUAGCAAAAGGUGACACAGAGGCUCAGCAGCUGACGAGGAUGACGCAGUGCGAGCAAGAUACAUACGAGAUGCACGUGAGAGCGGCAAAUAUCGUCAGAGCCGGGGAAUCCCUGAUGAAGCUGGUCUCUGAUAUCAAGCAGUACCUGAUUUUAAACGAUUUUCCGUCGGUGAACGAGGCGAUCGCUACCAACAGCAAGCUCUUCAGGCAAAAACAAGCAGAGUGUGACCAAAAAUUGGCAUCCUUGAGGGACGACAUGGCUGCAGAUUUGUAUGACCUUGAAGAAGAAUAUUAUACCUCAAUUUAUAAAUGA